AAAUAUUAGUACUUUCAUAGGUUAAAAAAGGCGCGGCUAUUUUGCUGAUCUCAGUGGGAGAAAGAGAGCUAGCGAACCAGCGAGAGGGAGAGAGGGGGAGAAUGUCAUCGUUGGGUGCAACAGGAAUUGGCCAUCUACUCCCCUCAACUUCAGUAGCGCUAAGGACCACCAAAUCAUCCCAAUUUCUUCCUGAAACCGCUACCAAAACCCUAACUUUCCCGUUUCAUUUCCUUCGCGCUCCUCCAGCUGACUUGGUCCGGACAAGAAAUGUUCGGUCUCCAGUUGUGGUCUUUGCCGGCAAUCGGCAUCUUGUGGGAUCGGUGACGAACACUAAAGGACUUCGCUUUGCUGUGGUUGUGGCACGGUUUAAUGAGAUCAUCACAAAUUCUUUAUUGGAGGGAGCUUUACAGACUUUCAAGCAAUAUUCAGUCAAAGAAGAAGAUGUUACAGUUGUCAAAGUUCCAGGUAGUUUUGAGAUUCCUGUUGUUGCACAAAAACUUGGAAGGUCGGGAGCUUAUAAUGCAAUUCUAUGCAUAGGAGCUGUGAUAAGAGGUGAUACCACCCAUUAUGAUGCUGUUGCAAAUUCAGCAGCAUCUGGAGUGCUCAAUGCUGGAUUAAGUUCAGGAGUUCCUUGUGUUUUCGGUGUUCUUACUUGUGAUAGCAUGGAGCAGGCUAUAAACCGUGCUGGAGGUAAAUCUGGAAAUAAGGGAGCAGAGGCUGCCUUAACUGCGAUUGAGAUGGCAUCAUUAUUUGAACACCACUUGAAGAAGUGAAAUGCAUGAACUUUGCCAUCUCGACGCCAUUUUGAUUAGACUAUUUUUUCAAUAAUUGCAAGAUUUCCUUGCUUGAUCUUUUGUAGCAAGCAGAGUUUUGUAGCUUUGGGUUUUCUAGUUGGCUGUUUAGUUUUCUCAGAAAGUUGAAUUGUGACUUCAGAACGUGUCAAUCUUCGUCCCCUUAUUUUUAUUGAUUUAAGUAAGGCUGAUUACAAUUGUUAUUGACUACAGAAGUCGUCUCCCUGAUCAUUGUGAGUUGAUGAAAAUAGAAUUUUUUUUGUUU